AUGGACGGCAGCCUGAAGCAGCCCGGCGGAGGCAGGGGGCCCGAGGGGAUGGAGGACAGCCAGGCUGUGUCCGCACUGCAGGAGCUGGCCCUGAGGUGGUUCAUGGAGACGCAGGCCCCUCUCAUUCUGCAGGACGGAGCCCUGCCCCCCUGGUUUCACGGAUUCAUCACCCGCAAGCAGGCGGAGCAGCUGCUCGGGGCCAAACCUCUUGGCUCCUUCCUCAUCCGCCUCAGUGACCGGGCCACCGGCUACAUCUUGUCCUACAGGGGCAGUGACCGCUGCCGGCACUUCGUCAUCACCCAACUCCAAAACCGGCGCUACCUGGUCUCUGGGGACACCCACAGCCACCGCAACCUGGCCGAGCUUGUGCGCCAUUACCAGGAGGUGCAGUUUGAGCCCUUCGGGGAGACCCUGGCUGCUGCCUGUCCACGGCCGGAGGACAGCGACGAGUACGACACCAUCACCCUGGGCCUCCAUCAGAACCACCCGGGCCUGGACGACCCACCUGCCACGGUGUCCCCCACGGGGGUCCCAGACAAGGCGAGCAGCCCCCACCCCCCUCCAAAGCCCCAGGCCUCCUUCCUCCACUCGGACAAGAGCUCGGAUGCGAGUCCCUGGAACCUGCCUGAGGAGGAGAGCACAGAGCCCCCCAGCAGGGUGCCCCCCCUCCCCGAGAGGAGCACCUCCCUUCUGGACCAGUCUUUCAGAGGCUCCAGCGACGUUAUCUACACAGACCUGAGAAAGAUGAACCAGGCGCGGCUAGGUCCGCGCACAGAGGCGUCCGGCAGGCGUGGACUGGUUCCAGCGGACAGCGAGGCCUGCUCCCCAGGCGAGGAGGCCCAGAGGAGACCCUCAGUUGGAAGCCAGAACAGGCCUGAUGACCCAGGGCCUGCCAUCUCUGGGGGAAGCCCAGACGUGGGCCCGACAGUGUCUCCCACUUCUUGGGGCCUCUUCCUGCCUCCCAGCAGUGAGGCCCUAGGAUGCUCGGCUGCGACCUGGAGCCAGGGGUUUCCGAAGGCCGGCCACAGGGCUCAGCCCUGUUCUGCGGAUGCCUAUGCAACCGUCCGGACAGCAGGCUCCCUGCAGGAGGCUGGCGAUGAGCCAGACCAGGAAGGCAGGACCUACGAGCAGAUCCCAGUCUGGGGUGGCACCGCCAGGCCCCUAUUUCCUGGGGCCGGUCUCACACACGGCAGGCUGGCCGGGCCCGCAGACUGUGACUACGAGAGGAUCUCGGGGACCCCGGAGCUCCUGGAGCCUAGGAACACCUAUGAACAAAUCCCAGCCGUCAAGAGCAAGGACCCUGGACGUACUCUCAAGCCCGACAAGCUCCGGAGGCUCUUCUUUGCGGACAAGAAGCACAGACCCUGA